AGGGAGGCCUUCCUCCUCCUCUACUGGCCUUCCCCACCUCCUCCCAAGUCUUAAAUUUCUUACCACCUCGUUUGGGAAAAGAGGUUUUUUCUUUUUUUUUUUAAAUAGCCAAAACCUGGAACCAAAAUCCGACGUUUUUUUUUUUUGUCGUCAUCAUCCCCUCGCUUCCCGUUGUAGUCUCAUGAAAACAAAUCCGUUCUCCUGUGAUCAUUUCCAGCAUCGAUUUCUUUGUUUUCCGAUCAAAUUCGUGGAGCGGCGGUUGGAUUUCCUGUGGUUGAUAAGUUCGACAUCGUUUUUUCCCUGUUUCGCUUUUGUCUCGUUGCUUUCGUCGGUGUCGCUCUUCCUGUAGCUCUCCACUGGAUUUUAGUCGAUUUGGGGUUUUUGUUGGAUCGUUUCGGAUUGGAUGGGCAUAAGGAAUUAGGGGUUUAGCAGCUGAAAGUGAGUUUUUUUUUUUUUAAAUUUGUUUCGGUAAUUUACUUUGCGGCGAAUGUAAUCUGUUGUCAUCUGUUUUUCUUUCUAUUCGAAAACAAAAACCCUGCCAUUAUUGUUCUUCCUCAUUUAUGAUUUUGCCGUUAUUCCUUGGCUCCAAUUGUUUGAUAAUUCUUCACAAUGAAGCUCCUGGUGCAUGUUAUUGAAGCCCGUAACCUCCAGGCGAUGGGUCUCAAUGGCCUCAGCGAUCCCUUUGUCAAAUUACAACUCGGAAAACAACGGGCGAAGACUAUGGUGGUCAAGAAGAACUCGAACCCUGUAUGGAAUGAGGAGUUCAGCUUCCUCGUCGGCGACCCCAGCGAGGAACUCAUGGUCUAUGUAUUGGAUGAAGACAAGAUCUUUAGUGAUGAUUUCCUGGGACAGGUCAAGGUGCCAUUGUUGAAGAUCUUGGAUGCAGAUGAUCUUUCACUUGGGACACAAUGGUAUCAGCUGCAGCCCAAGAACAAGAAGUCUAAGAGCAAGGACUAUGGAGAUAUCCGUCUCACUAUAACUUUGUCUCAGAGAAACAUUGAUGAAAUACCCAUAGUCACACAAUCUUUUUCUGUUGAUCAUUCAUCUAACUCCGAUAAAUCAACUGAAUUAACAAAAGGACCACCCUCACUAUCUUCUUAUGGAAAUUUGGAAAGAUCUGCUGUACCAGUGAUUGAUGAAACGGAAUCUGUCAAGGGAGACAAGUUGAAUCCAAUGACAUUUGUCAAUCGUCUGUUUCAUAUUUUUGCUGGGAAAAAUGUAGAGGCUGCAUUGCCUUCUAGCGGGAAUCUUGACUGCCUAGAAGACCUACAAGAAUCAUCUGCAAGCCCUGAGAUAUCUGAAAGACAAACUAAUGAUACAUGCUCUAACAUCAGCUUUGAUGAACUACUGAAAACAAUGGAAGCAAAGGAUCAAGGAGGUGAAAUGCCUGGAAGUCUACAAGGAGGAGUACUUCUUGACCAAUCUUAUGUUGUUGCACCCGGCGAUCUGAACUUCCUUAUCUUUUCACCGAGUUCAAAUUUCUUGCAAUCACUUGCUGAGCUUCAAGGAACUACUAAUCUGCAAACUGAAUCUUGGAGACUUGAAAAUGGUGGUGAGAGCUUGAAAAGAGUGAUUACCUACACAAAAGCUGCAACUAAACUAGUAAAGGCUGUGAAAGCCACAGAGGAGCAGACUUAUCUGAAGGCUGAUGGAAAAAAUUAUGCAGUUUUAGCUAGCGUGGGCACUCCUGAUGUUCCUUUUGGUAAUUGUUUCCGGACAGAGGUUCUUUUCUGCAUAAUGCCUGGGCCUGAUUUGCCAUCUGAAGACCAAUCUUCACGUCUACUAAUUUCCUGGCGCAUGAAUUUCCUCCAGAGUACUAUGAUGAAAGGUAUGAUUGAAAAUGGAGCAAAGCAAGGCUUAAAGGACAGCUUUGCCCAGUUUGCUGAUUUGCUUUCGCAGAAUAUAAACCCACUUGAUCAAAAAGACACUGGGUCCAACAAAGACCAGAUCUUAGCUUCUUUGCAAAAUGAGCAAGAGUCAGGCUGGAAGCUGGCAUUUAGAUUCUUUGGAAAUUUUACUGCUAUAUCAUCUGUAUGUGUGGCCUUCUAUGUUCUUAUACACAUCUUGCUUGCAAAGCCUAGUAUAGUUCAGGGGCUUGAGUUUCCUGGCCUAGAUCUGCCAGACUCAAUUGGGGAACUUGUGGUUUGUGGUGUUUUGGUUCUUCAAGGACAGCGUGUUCUUGAUAUGAUAGGACGUUUCUUGCAGGCCCGGAAGCAGAGAGGCAGUGAUCAUGGAGUCAAAGCACAAGGAGAUGGGUGGUUGCUAACUAUUGCAUUAAUUGAGGGAAAUAAUUUAGCAGCAGUGGAUUCAACUGGUUAUUCUGAUCCCUAUGUGGUUUUCACAUGCAAUGGUAAAACUAAAACAAGCUCAAUAAAAUUCCAAACUCUGGAGCCUCAAUGGAAUGAAAUCUUUGAAUUUGAUGCCAUGGAUGAUCCUCCAUCAAUGAUGGAUGUGGAUGUGUAUGAUUUUGAUGGGCCUUUUGAUGAAGCUACAUCUCUUGGUCAUGCUGAAGUCAACUUUGUGAAAUCUAAUUUGUCAGAAUUAGCGGAUGUAUGGAUUCCUCUUCAAGGGAAGUUAGCUCAGGCAUGCCAGUCUAAGCUGCACUUGAGGGUUUUUCUAAACAAUACACGGGGCACUGAUAUUGUGACAGAGUAUCUAACAAAAAUGGAGAAAGAAGUUGGAAAGAAGAUAAAUUUGAGGUCCCCUCAGACGAAUUGUGCAUUCCAGAAGCUUUUUGGUCUCCCACCAGAAGAAUUUCUCAUCAAUGAUUUUAGCUGUCACUUGAAGCGCAAGAUGCCCAUGCAGGGCCGCCUCUUUCUAUCUCCAAGAAUAAUUGGGUUUUAUGCAAACUUAUUUGGACACAAAACAAAAUUUUUCUUUCUUUGGGAAGAUAUUGAGGACAUCCAGGUGAUUCCUCCAACUUUGGCAUCAAUGGCUAGCCCAUCUCUUUUGAUUAUUCUCCGCAAGGGAAAAGGUAUGGAUGCAAAGCAUGGUGCGAAGACUGUUGAUCAGGAUGGGAGACUUAAGUUUCAUUUUCAAUCAUUUGUAUCAUUCAAUGUAGCCAACAGGACAAUCAUGGCACUAUGGAAGGCUAGGUCCUUGAGCCCUGAACAAAAAGUGCAGAUAGUUGAAGAAGAAUCUGAAGCAACCCUCCAUGGUGAGGAGAGUGGAUCUUUCUUAGGCACAGAGUAUGCCAACAUGUCAGAAGUCUUCUCAUCUACCAUUCCUAUUGAUAUGAACUUAUUGAUGAAGGUAUUUGGAGGAACUUCAUUGGAGCAAAGGGUAAUGGAGAAAGUUGGUUGUGUCAACUAUUCUAUAACAGCAUGGGAACCAGUUAAGCCUGACGUUUACCAAAGGCAAGUUUAUUACAAAUUUGACAAGAGUUUAUCUCGUUAUGGAGGUGAAGUAACUAGCACGCAGCAAAAGUCUCCCUUACCUGAUAGAAAUGGAUGGAUUAUCGAAGAAGUGAUGACACUCCAAGGGGUUCUACUUGGUGACUACUUUAACCUUCACUUGAGGUACCAGAUGGAGGAUCUUACCCCUAGACUGAAGGCUUGCAAUGUUCAGGUGUCCUUGGGGAUUGCUUGGUUGAAGAGCACUGAGCAUCAAAAGAGAAUAACAAAGAAUGUGAUAUCCAAUUCAUCAGCUCGACUCAAGGAGAUGUUCAGUCAAGUUGAAAAGGAAUCCAUGGUGGGAAAGCAGAAUGAUUCUUUCCACUGAUACAUGCAGAUAAGAAGACUAAUACCAAAUAAAAAAGAUACUGUGAAUAUCAGCAUGGAUUCUUAGCAUCAAAUCACAAAUGAUUCACAUUCAGAAGUGUGAUUCCUUCAGUUGGAAAGAAGCAACUUCAAAGGUUUGGCUGCGUGCCUGAGAAUUGGUUCUGAGCUCUAGUUUUUGAUUCUUGGUCCUUCAGGCAUCAGAUAAAAGACUACCAAGAGUUUUUGUUAUGGAUUCUUCUGGAAUAUCUUAUGAUGGAUCCUAAGCGGCUUUCUCCAUUCUCCUGUCAAUUAGGGAGCUUUGGUAAGAGAGGGGCGUGUCGGAAGCAUAGAUGGCCAUGCUGGUGAAGUAUGAUGAAAUGCAAACUCUUUGGCUCACCAAUGUAAUGGACAUCGAGGUCUGAAGUGGUAAUGACUUGAGGAAUGUUGGUUUCAUCCUGCUUGUACACCUAUAGUCCAAUCACAAGGUAAACACAUAACAAAUGAUCCUUUUCUGCUAGGGCUGAAACCAAAUCCGAUGCCAGUAUAUCCAUAUCAAUAUUUGUUUUAUCUGAAAAUAUAAAUAUGGAGUUGUCUAUUGUCAUAUUUGGUUCGUAAAUGGAGUUGGAAUCAGGAUUGGAA